CAAAUAAAAAUCGGACAGGAGAGCAUCCGCUCGAGACUCGAGAGGCGGCGAGGCAGACCGAGCGGACGCCAUGGAUCGCGAAUGGGGCUCGAAGCCCGGCAGCGGCGGCGCCGCCUCCGCCCAGAACGAGGCCAUCGACCGGCGGGAGCGCCUCCGCCGCCUGGCCCUGGAGACCAUCGACCUCGUCAAGGACCCUUACUUCAUGCGCAACCACCUUGGCAGCUACGAGUGCAAGCUAUGCCUGACGCUGCACAACAACGAGGGGAACUACCUGGCGCACACGCAGGGGAAGCGGCACCAGACCAACCUCGCCAAGCGCGCCGCCCGCGAGGCCAAGGAUGCGCCCGCGCAGCCCCAGCCCAACAAGCGCAAGCUCGCGCCCCGCAAGUCUGUUAAGAUUGGCAGACCUGGGUAUACAGUAACCAAACAAUAUGAUCCUGACACGAAGCAGCACUCAUUUCUUUUUGAGAUUGGUUACCCUGAAAUCGAAGAAAAUAGCAAGCCAAGGCACCGUUUCAUGUCAUCAUAUGAACAGAAAGUCCAAACUUGGGAUAAGAGAUACCAAUACCUACUUUUUGCAGCAGAACCUUACGAAACCAUUGGAUUCAAGAUACCAAGCACAGAGAUUGACAAAUCAGUGGAUAAAUUCUUCUCCUAUUGGGAUCCUGACAAGAAGGAGUACAUGCUGCAGCUGUACUUCAAGGCAAGACCGACAGAAGCUAAUAAACCACCAGGUCCACCACCAGCCCCUGGGACUUUGCCUAACGGGACUGGAGGUCCUGGUGCUCUGCCAAGGCCGCAGGGACAAGUUCCACCGCCCCCGCCGCAAGCUCCACCGCCCCCGCCUCAGGCACCUCCUCCUGCACCUAUGGGAAUGCCCCCUAGGAUCCCUCCACCACCUAUUGGGGGUGCUCAACCUCCGCCGCCUCCUCCACCUGUUGCAAAUGGUCCUCCACGCCCAAUGAUUCCACCGCCACCUAACUUCACUCCUGGAGCACCCCCACCGCGUCCUCCAAUGCAAGGUUUUCCUGGGCAACAGCAGUAGAUGACCAGAGUUCCAGCAACUGAGAUCCGGAAAUGUUGAACGCUUUGCCUUGUAUUAUGUUCUUCAACUCACUUUGUAUGUUGCUAUAUGCGUUACAUGGUUCUCGGGGACCAUACAAUUAUGUUGGCGUGUUGAACUUUUUGAUACACACUUAAGCGAAGUACCUGUUGUCUAACAAUAGCAUGCGCAAGUGUGCUCUGUUUCUUGGUUCUA